AUGUCUUCAUUACAGAUUUCAAUUGCCCCCAGACUGGGGUGGAUAGGACUGGGAUCUAUGGGACUUCAUAUGGCUUCCAACUUGCAGAAGUAUCUAUCAAAGAAGCAAGGCCCAAGUCUCCGUUUCUACAAUCGCACCGAGUCUCGUGGUGACCCUCUGAAACAACUAGGGGGCACUCCGUCAACCAUUCCUGACUUAGUCUCCAACUCUGACAUUGUAUUCAUGUCUUUAGCUGAUGAUUUAGCUGUUGAAUCUGUGUUGGACAAGAUUCUGGAGGUUGGUCAACUGAACAAUAAGAUAAUUGUUGACACCUCGACCAUCCAGCCUUCCUCGUCGGCGGCGGCCAAAUCAAGACUGCAAGAGAAAGGGGCAGACUACGUCGCUGCCCCAGUUGUUGGGGCUAGUCCCAUAGCUGCGAAGGCACAACUUUUGUGGAUCUUGGCUGGAAAGGAGAGUUCCAUUGAGGCCGUACGUCCCCUUAUCACCGGUGUCAUGGGGAAAGGCAUUGUUCUCACAGGCGAUGACGUUCGCCAAGCGAGCUAUCUGAAAGCUGUUGCCAACACCUUGUCAAUGGGCAUGGUCGAGGUGGUGGGUGUGGCUCAUACUCUCGGUGAAAAGGCAGGGUUAGGAAUCGGAACCGUAGAGACUUUACUCAAGGAGCAGAUGGGUCCGGUCGGGUUGAUGGUUUCGAACCGGCUGACGUCUGGGGCUUACAUGCCUCCUCGAGGCGAGCGGCCAUGGUCCCCCGCUACUAACGGGGUAGCAGCCGGUAGGCAAGCCUUGAAGAGCGGCACGCAGCCGAAAUUGCUGUCUCUUAUCCUGCAGCAGUUGGAAGAGGCGGUGGAAUAUGCCGACGCUGCAGACCGGCAAGUCGAUGCUUCAGCGAUUUAUGGAGUUAUCAGAAAGGAUGCGGGGCUCUCCUUUGAGACGGACCAGGUCAAGAAGAGGGAUGGUGCUAUGUAG